AGAAGAAGUCCGCCAGGCGUAGGAGUCGCGAGUUGAUGAUGCAACGGCUGUAAAAUGGAGAGCAGACACAUGUCAGCUUUUGCCUUGUAUCAAAAUUUGACACCAGACCAGCCUCCUCCGGCUAAGAAGCCUCCAGUGCAGGUGGAAGUUAAGAAGAAAAAUAAAAAGGACAAUGCAGCCGCUAAGCUCAAAGUCAAAGCUCAAAGAGCUGAGAGGAAGAAGAUGCGAAAGAAGCUUCAGAAGCCUAAGAAGCCGACACAAAGAGAAGAGAGCCGUAAGGAAGAUUGGCGUAAUCCGGAGAAGGUGGAGUGUGUGAGUAGUGAGCCUCUUGAGGCUUUGCUGACCGACCUGGCAAAAAUCAACAACAGCAGGGAGAGAGCGAGCAUGCUGUUUCAGUGGCUCAUCAGUCCCAUUCCUGCCAAGACCUUUUUCAGGGACAUAUGGGAAAAAAAGCCCAUCUUUGUUCAACGUAAAAAUCCUGAUUACUACAAGGGAUUGUUCUCCACAGCAGAACUUGAUCGCAUAUUGAGAGAGGAAAAUGUUCAGUAUGGAGUGAACCUGGAUGUCACAAGUUACACUAAUGGCAAAAGAGAGACACACAAUCCUCCGGGGAGGGCUCUCCCAUUCACUGCGUGGGACUUCUAUGAGAGUGGCUGCUCUCUCCGCAUGCUGAAUCCUCAGGCUUUCUCCGCCACGGUGUGGAACGUGCUGUCCAUCCUCCAAGAGCAGUUUGGCAGCAUGGCAGGAGCCAACGUAUACCUGACACCACCUGGCACACAAGGCUUUGCUCCACAUUAUGAUGACAUUGAGGCUUUUGUGGUUCAGCUGGAGGGGAAGAAACGCUGGCAGGUUUACAAUCCAAGGUCAGAAGAUGAGGUCUUGCCUGUGCUUUCAAGUCCAAACUUCGACCAGGCAGACAUCGGCAAGCCGAUCCUGGAUGUGGUGGUAGAAGCUGGAGAUCUUAUCUACUUCCCUCGAGGAUUCAUCCAUCAAGGCAAUUGUCUACCAGACGCACACUCUCUGCACAUCACUGUCUCCUCUUACCAGAAGAACAGCUGGGGAGAUCUGCUGCAAAAGGUAGUCCCAGCAGCAUUAGAAAUUGCAAUGGAGGAGGAUGUGGAGUUCAGACGGGGUUUACCUCUGGACUACCUGAUGUACAUGGGAGUACAGAACUCUGACAAGGAAGACUCACGCAGGGUGAGGUUCUUUUCUCACAUUGAUUAUCUAAUGAAGAGACUAAGAAAUUACGCACCAGUGGAUGCUGCUGUUGACCAGAAAGCCAAAGACUUCAUUCAUGACUGCCUGCCUCCUGUUCUCACUCCAGAUGAAUUGGCCAGCAGUGUGCAAGGAGCACCAGCGAGGUGGGAGGGUGGAAAAGUUAAGGAUCUGGGCGUACACAUCACUACCCAGACUCAAGUCAGAAUUCUACGUGCUGAGUGUGCCAGGUUAUGCAACGAUGGAGAUGCUGUUCAUCUUUACUACGCCACAGACAACUCUAGAGUUUACCACAAAGAGGAGCUCAAGAGUUUUGAAAUAAACCCAGAGCACACAGAUGCUGUUGAGUUUUUGAUCCAUUCAUAUCCCGACUUUGUGACGGUAGAAAGCCUCCCAUGUGAUUCUGCACAGGACAGGAUUGCUUUGGCUGAACUGCUUUUUGAGAAGGGGAUUAUCCGUACCGCAGAACCUCUGUAGCCACAGCUUUUUCCUUGAUGCUGACUGCAUAAAGACAUUCAAAUUACUUUAUACAGAAUAAGAUCUUCAGGGCAAAACACGUCUAUCCCAAGUAGCCUUCCUUAGCUAAACUGGAAAUGUAUAAUGCAUUUGUGAUUUUGCUGUUCAAC